AGCGUCAGACGGGUCCCAAGUCUCCCUCUUAAUGAUUCAAGAAGAUACUAGAAUUACAUUAUUGCCCUUUCUUGUUCAUUUAUUUUCUGCUUUGUUUUGUAGUUUACAUUUUGCAGGUUUCGGAAGCUUCAAGUCUCCUCUCGGUCAAGCGAAGGGCCAGAUAGUCUCGUUAGCAUUCUUAUUACUUAACACAACCAGUGUCGUCUGGCUUUAUAGCUAUUGCAAAAACGGCACUAUCUUCACACGAAAUGGUAUCCUUCAGCAGAUUAAAAAUGGCACUAACUUCACAUCAAAUGGUAUCUAUCAGCAGAAUCUCCAUUCCUUGCUCUCUUUUCUUUCUUCCAAUGCAACCCAGGGGAAGGGAUUCUACUACGCCACAGCAGGUCAAGACCCUUCCAACGUGGCCUACGGCCUCUUCCUUUGCAGAGGUGAUAUUGUCCCGUUGAAAGGUGUCUGCCAAGAAUGUGUCUUGACUGCUACCAAAGAUAUUGUUCAAUAUUGCCCUAAAGAGAAGGCGUCCAUCAUUUGGUAUGAUGAAUGCAUGCUACGCUACUCCAAUGAAUCUUUCUUCUAUCGAGUGGAAGAAGACCCUGCAUUCAAAAUGGUGAACGCCGCACCACCAGUAAACGAAUCAGAGCGCUUGAUGGGGUUAGUGGCAACAACGAUGACCGAUGUGGCAGCACGGGCUGCAAAUGAUCCGUCUGGUAAAAGAUUCGACACAGAAGAAGUGAACUUCACGAGCUCUCAAACACUGUAUACGCUUGUGCAGUGCACCCAAGAUUUAUCGGUUGCCGAUUGCAGCAAGUGCCUUCGAGAAGCUAUUGGUUCAUUGCCCCAGUGCUGUUAUGGGAGAAUAGGGGGCAGAAUUAUAUAUCCUAGCUGUAUUGUUAGAUAUGAAUUGCAUCCAUUUUAUCGGGUUGAGGAUAUUCCAGCCCCACCACCAUCAGCCACAACAGGAGAUAAACGGAAGAUUCGGAUGAUCCUGCUUGCUGUGGGAAUACCAACAGUGCUAAUCGCGAUUCUCGUUGGCUCUUGUCUUGUCUAUCUGCUGCGGAAAAGAAGAAAAGCGAAGGGUAAUUCAAAAAAUGGAAAAGACCUGCCCGAAUUAUUACAAGACAUGGCAAGCCCUAGAAUGACAGAAGAAGGUAAUUUGCCGAAUUCCGCGGAGCUUCCUGUUAUGGAUCUAACCACUAUAAGAGAAGCAACAGACAACUUUUCGGAUUCAAACAAACUUGGGCGUGGCGGGUUCGGCACUGUUUACAAGGGUGUGUUAACAGACGGGAAGGAAAUAGCUGUUAAAAGGUUGUCAAAGAAGUCAUGUCAAGGGUUGGUGGAGUUGAAGAAUGAAAUCAUACUAAUUGCGAAACUCCAACACCGAAACCUUGUGAGGCUUCUGGGAUGUAGCAUAGAGGGGGAGGAAAAAUUGCUCAUAUAUGAGUUCAUGCCGAAUAAAAGCCUUGAUUUCUUUCUCUUUGAUUCAAGCAAGGGCGUCCAACUUGAUUGGCAAAGACGGCUUAGCAUUAUCAAUGGAAUUGCUCGUGGCCUCUUGUAUCUACAUGAAGAUUCUCGUCUUAGAGUUAUUCACAGGGACCUCAAGGCUGGUAAUAUUUUGCUUGACCAUGAGAUGAAUCCAAAGAUAUCUGAUUUUGGAAUGGCAAGGAUUUUUGGUGGAAAGCAAAGUGAGGCUAAUACAAAGAGAGUUGUUGGAACCUUUGGAUACAUGGCACCAGAGUAUGCAAUGCAAGGAUUAUUAUCAGUAAAAUCAGAUAUUUUCAGUUUUGGAGUUCUCUUAUUAGAGAUAAUAAGCGGGAAAAAAAAUAGUGGCUUUUUUUCAGACGAUGGAGAGAGCCUCCUUAUAUUUGCAUGGAAUCUGUGGUCUAAAAAUCAAUGAUUAGAGUUGAUGGAUCCGUUACUUGUAAACUCAUGCGUGGAAGCUGAGGUACUGAAAUGCAUCCAAAUUGGAUUGUUGUGCGUGCAAGAUGACCCAGCAGACAGACCAACUAUGUCUUUGGUUGUUUUAAUGUUAAGAAGUGAUCCCAUGACACUUCCUCAGCCCACAAAACAUACAUUUGCUGCUAAAACAGUUGCCGUGAGUAAGGAAUCAUCCUUAAACCAUGAGGUUUUUUCUGCCAAUGAGCUGACUGUUUCAGAUGUAUCACCGCGGUGAAUUGUCGUGUAUUUCUUGUAAUCUAGCAUAUAUUUAAGUACUAAACUUGUUGGAGCCAAGACUUGCUUCAACAUGUAAGAGUUGAAAAAAUAUGGACAAGUUCUUGUAGGAUAUUAUAUUAUUAAGACCAUCUCUUUGAUUAUUUAAAAAAUAUUAUUAAGAUCA